AUGCCAAACUCAAACUCCAACUACACGGUUAUGUCGAUGUAUGGCAGCGUUUGUCAUAAGGAUUGUGCCAACAUCCAUUCCAACUGCUCACUCGAUGGUUUGUUGGACUGCGAGGAGAAGUAUCCCAACUCCAAUGCUGUGGUGUUCCCAGAGGUUGCCAACACAUAUGACCUCUCAUACUAUGGUGGUCCUUCAUCAUACUCCAUCCCAUGUCUAGAUAUAAAUGACAUCGGCAGUAACAGGACUGAGCAGUUUACUUGCCCAAGUCCAUUGAUUGGAAGGAACUCAACUGGUAGACAGAGACAGAUCGAUGAAGAGAAUGGUUAUAUAUUUGUGGGUGAUGCCAUGCCAUGUGUAUUCCCAUGUCCAGCGCCUAUAUUCUCAAUGCAUAAGUGGGGAAUAUUCAAGAGUACCGUAGAGAUUACAGCGACCAUAUCAUUCAUCUGCACGACCAUAGUGUUGUUCACUUACGCCGUACUGAACAAGGACUAUGACCGCCAUGCCAUCUGUAUCAUUGGUAUCUCAUUUGGGUUGUGGACAAGUAAUAUUGCCAACAUGAUAUUUUUCAAUGCAGGCUGGGAGUUGCAAUGUCCCGAACCUGGUCGUCAAGGUGUGCAGUCUGAUAGAAGGUGCGCUGCUCAAGGAGUCCUUUUCCAGUUUGGUAUCGUCACGGCCAUCCUCUGGUGGUCAACCAUGGCCUUUGAUAUCUGGUUAGUAUUGCGAAGAGUCAAGACAAGGUCCUAUCAUAAGUACUAUAUUGUAGUGAUCACUUUGAUUUCUGUCUUCCUCACAGUCCUUCCAGCUGGAAUGAACAAAUAUACAUCCACAUUUGGAGGAAUUGGAUGUUGGAUAGGUGACUACAACUACGCCAAUGGAGUCUUCUGGGGACCGCUCACAAUCUUUCUCUUAGUUGGAAUUGUCUUUAUCAUAUUGAUCUUGUAUGAGGUCUUCAAUGUUGUCAAACGAGUUGACACUGGAAAGAAGAAGUCAAUCAGAUUGAUCAGGUACAAUUUGAAGCCAUUCCUGAUUAUCUUGUUGGUGUCUGUGGAGUUUAUAUCUAUGUUUUGUUACCACUUCUACUUGCAGGGUAUCAAAUCUACUGUGAUUGACAAGAUGAUUGUGUGGGUCACGUGCUUGCUGGCGGGCGGCGGCGACCAGUGCGUGCUCAAUCCAAUUCCAUUCGGCGCACAGUUCAUGUACUACUUCUUCCUGCGUCUCAUUGGCAUUGAGAUGCUGUUGUUCUACGGCAUCAGUGGUCGUGCCAAACAGAUCUGGGUGACAUCAUUCCUCUUUCACAACCGAUUCUACUCUAUCAAUCUGUCACUGUCGUCCUCCAAGAACACAAUGUCAUCUUCGCUGCACACAACAAAUUGCAGCACACCAAUGUCAAACGUUGUCAAUCCCAAUGACACAUGCAACUUAUCACGCACAAUUGAAGAAGAGUCAGCCAGUGGCGGAGAGGCAUCCGAUGUUACCGAGCACUCGACAACAACAACAACAACAACAACAAAUCAAGAUACUUUGACAACUGGUGAUACCAACAACAACGACAAUAACAAUGAAUAA